AUGGACGACACCGAGAACAACUACGCGCUGCGGGGCUACAAGGAGACGCGCUCGCUCGAGGCGGGGCCAGGCGGAGGAGACACGCGCUGGCUCGAGGUGGACCAGGCGGAGAAGGCCUUCUGUGGCUGGGAUACCCGCAUGCCGGGCAACGCCGAGCGGCAGGCGAGCUUCGUCCGAGCGGCCGACGCGCUGCUCGCGGUGGCGGGCGGCGGCGCUGCGGCGAUGCACCAUUGCACGCACUACCGGGGCGGGCAGGGGGAGGUGCUGCAGUUCACGAACCUCGGCCAGUCGUGCGAGCGGCACGAGGUGCUAGCGAGCCGCGAGCGGCUGCCCGCGGAGGUGCAGGCUCUCCCCGCCGGCUCCGACCUGAUGGUGACCUUCGCCACCGGCUCCGUCUCGACGAUGGCUCGCAACUGGGCGAGGACGACGCGUGCGGCCGGCGUCGACGCGAUCCUGAUCGGCGCGCUCGACGGCGAGAUGAUGGAGGCGUGCGGCGCGCACAAGCUGCCUUGCAUCCUCAUCGAGGGCGGGGACGUGUCGGCGGCGCUCAAGCAGCGCGCGACCGGCAACGUGCGGUCGGACCCGAAGCUGUACCCGAAGAUGAGCGUGCUCAAGGUGGGCUUCUACCGCGAGCUGCUCUCCUUCGGCUACAACGUGUGGGCGUGCGACGCCGACGCCGUCUUCAUGCAUGACCCGCGCCCGCUGAUGGCGGAGCGCAACUAUGCCCUCGCAGACAUCGCCAUCGCCACCGACUGCAUCGAUAUCCCCCUCGACUCUCGCUCGCCGCUGAUGCACUGCGACUUCAACACCGGGCUCGUCUACCUGCGCUCCAAGCCAAACACGAUCGAGUUCGCGGAGCUGUGGCGAGAGACGGUCGCCAACGCAAAGGAGCACCGCAUCAGAGACCAGGCCGCCUUCAACAUGCUCACAAAGGUGCGCCCGCCCACGCCGCUGAGCAUUGAGGGCAGCCGCGUCGAGCGACUCUUCUCCGUCACCGCCGGCGCCGACGGGGCCGACUUUCGGCUCGCGCACGCGCACACGCUGCCCGGCGCCCCCUCGCCCAUGUCGGUGCACAUGACGUACCAGUUCGCCGAAGGGCACUCCUUCGCGUACGGCAAGCGGCAGCGGCUGAGAGAGCACGGCCUCUGGCUCGUCGACCCGGACGAGUACUUCAACGGCAAGUACGUGACCGCCUCGGCCGAGCACGCCACGCUGCCGCGCAAGGAGAUGGGCGAGCGGGUCGACUCGCGCGACGCGGUCAAGUACCACCUGGAGGAGGCGAGGCACCGCACGAACGUGAUCCGCGCGCUGCUCGGCAUCGGAAAGGCGCUCGGGCGGGAGGUGAUCCUGCCGCGGAUGCUUUGCUACUGCGACUUCAUGUGGAAGGAGAGCCGCGCCGCUGCCGCGUCGGGCCUUCCUUUCACAGCCAUUCACCGGCACCCGCAUGAUUCGCAGGAGAUGCGCAACUGCCGCGUCGGGGGGGCGGAGACGAUGCGGCUGCCGUUCGACUGCCCGAUGGACCACGUGCUCAACACGCCGAGCUUCUUCGGCGACUUCCACAAGAACGGGACCGAGGGGCGCACCGCGCUCGGCGUGGGCGUGCGCGAGCCAAACUUUCUGCUCAACCCGCGCGUGCCUGCGGCGGUGCGAGAGUCGGUGGCCAAGGCCGCGCUCGGCAAGGGGCUCAACGACGCGCAGAUCUCGCAGGCGCUCGCCCCGCACGCGGCCGCGUCGAUCAUCGAGAUUGACGACGUGGUUGGCACGUUUUGCGGGUUCGCCGACGGGGCGGCGAACCGCGAGUUUGCGGAGCGCACGAAGCAGAUGCUCACCUACAAGCGCACCCCCUUCUGCAUGAUGGAGGGCUCCGACAACGCGCCGCUCUUCUCGCAGUGCUGCUCGCCGCGCAAGCCGGGCGACAAGUUCUUCCCGUGCAUCCACGGCUUCGACGACCCGGACCCGCUGCCCGCGUGUGCCGCCGGCCGAUGAGGCAUCGCCGCCGCCGGCAUACCAGCGCGCCGCGCCGCCCUCGCGCCUCCCGUCGUGCCACGCCGCCUCCACCGACGCCCCGCUGCGUGCACAACAUUGCCUCUGGCCCAGGCUCUUCUCAGACCACUUCUGGCCCACUUGUGCGCUCUCUGAUCCGCUCUCUCUCUCUGAUGACUUUGAUCCAUUGCCAAUGGUUCCGCACCGUUUGUCGCACCAAUGUGAACACCUUUGAUUACUUGAAGAUUGUGGUCUGACAUGAGCGUUCAC